AUGAUGCCGUUGCCAGUACUAGUCUUUGGCUGGUAUAUAUUUUCCAUUACACUUUUGGUCUAUAAUAAAUGGAUGUUUGAUUCGCACCGAGGGCACAGUAUUCCCUAUCCUAUAUUUAUUACUUCGUUACAUCAGGUUGUGCUAUGGUUCAUUUCAUACAUCUAUUUGAGGGCAAAGAAACAGCUGAACACAGAGGCACCUAGGAAUUGGCGGUUUCAUGUAAAAUAUAUCGUCCCAACAGCACUUGCAUCUGCAGGCGAUAUUGGAUUCGGCAAUGCAUCGUUCAAAUUCAUUCCACUCACUAUCCAUACCAUUGUGAAAUCUUCAAGCAUAGCCUUUGUGCUUUUAUUCGGAUGUAUCAGCAGGUUAGAAAAGUUUCACCCCAAGUUAGCUCUUGUUGUCCUCUUUAUGUUUUCUGGCGUUGUAUUAAUGGUUUACAAGCCCGAGACCGAAAGCAAAGAGCACCGCACGGAUGAAGAACUGCUGGGAUUCUUUCUCGUCCUUGCAAGCAGUUGCUUAAGUGGGUUGAGAUGGGUAUAUACGCAAUUGACCUUGCACCAUGCAAGCGGUUCUGCUGAUAUAUCUUCUUCUCCUACAACUGCUAUCCAUGACCUGAAAAAAAAGAAUCCUGUGCACACUAUCUCCCAAUUAGCUCCUAUAAUGGGAGCUGUUCUUUUUGUUACUGCUCUCAUCAUCGAACAACCUUUUUCUACCAUUCUCGAAACAAGCCUAGUCCGCUGGGAGGGCCAUGGUACAGUUUCUGCCAUUUCCAGAGGUAUAGUUAUGCUAGUAUCCCCAGGAAUUGCCGUUUUCGCGAUGACACUCUGUGAAUUCGCCAUACUCCAAACUGCCCCUGUGCUAACCCUCAGCAUAGCUGGUGUCGUUAAAGAAUUACUAACUAUCCUAAUAAGUAUGCUCAUUCUAAAAGAAACUCUCGGCUUCUACAACUGGAUUGGUAUGAUCGUCAUCCUGCUCAAUGUCUGCUACUAUAACUACUACAGAUAUACCCAAAAUUCAGAACCCAGCAAAAAUUACCAUCCGCUAGAAAACGACCUCGACAUAACAUGUGAGUUGCAAACUAUAGACAUCAGUAUAAGCUCUGAGAGCUCUGAAUCUCACUUAUCCUAA